ACAGACAGAAUAAGAAUGCUUUUUCAUAAUGUUUCCGUGAUGCACAGUUAUUUUGACCGUUAACAGUUUUGUUUAUCUGUUUAAUGAUUUAAAAUUAAAAUUUAAUUUCACUGUCUGUUGGCUGGAUUAAGUGAGUUAACAAUUUAAACGUGUCAUUUUUUGUUAAACUACGACAAUGCGGAUAAGUGGUAUUGUUCCUGCAAGAUUCCUCACCAUCGUCGCUCAUGUCAUCAUUCUCAUUAUUCUUUUCUGGGCAAAGGAUGAUAACAUCAAACAGUGCCUCCCUACAACAUACACUCAAUCAGAGUAUGACUCUAAAGACUUAGAGAUGAUCAUUGGCCUUUCUGUGGGACUGGGUCUUAUGCUGAUUGAGUUGAUUGGUUUUGUUGGUGGAAUCUCAAUGUUCAUGCCAUUCCAGAGUAUGCUUUCUGUUGCCUGUCACGCGGGGGCUGUUGUGGCCCUGUUCUUCUUCCUGUUUGAGUUCUGGCCCUGUACGUAUUAUUGGUACAUAUUCGGAUUCUGCAGUGCCUUUCCUGCAGUGACAGAAAUCCUGGUGUGGCUAGGAGUCGGAUUGUUUAGAAAAGGACUGUAAUACAAUUAUAGUUACAUCGUGUUUAAGGAAAUAGGUUGUCAUCCUUACAGAAUAGAAUAUAUGAAACUCUGAAGAUUUGACUUUUAUAUCAUGUGAUUGUUUAACAUGAUUACCUGUUUCAUUACAUCAGAGUAAGUGUGUUUUCCUGUGUGAUAGACUCAUUUUUUAACAGUUUCUUUAAUGACAAUUAAAUAUUUCAUUAUAUAAUUUCAAGUACAUAUCAAUACAGGUUGUAUAUUGGUGAAAGAUUUUGAAAUGCUAGAGAUGUAAGUUAUAUGUCAUACAUUUUUGAUCUGAACAGUAUGUGAAGGUGCACAAAUGUGUACCAGUAUUUAGAUGUAUUUUAGUUAAAAUAAUAUAUGGAGUAAAUUGAAACAAACAAUAAA